AUGGAAGAAAUUAAUGUUAAUGAAGAUAAUAUUUUAAUGAAAGAAUUUUAUAAUAUAUAUACAAUAAAUCUAAUUAUUAGUAUAUUUUCUUUUGUAUUAUCAACAUUAUUUUUUUGUUCAUAUUGUUCAAGAACAUCAAGUAGAAAUGCCUCACUUAUAUUAAAAAUAAUUCUUGGUUGUGAUCUAUUUGCAACAUUAGGUACAAUUGCAAGAAAUAUUCAUGGUUUAAUACAAGAUGAUUAUAAAUUUAAAGAAUUAUAUAUGAUCAGCAUUUAUUCAUGUAUUUUUAAUUACCAUAUUAUUUGGAUAACAAUAUUUUAUCUACUUCCAAUUUUAUUUGUUUUCGUUUUAGCACUUGAUAGAUAUCUUGCUAUUAAUUUUUCAUUAUGGUUUAAAACUGUUAAUAUUUCUAAAGGACCAUUAAUUGGUUAUUGUUUUUUAACUGUUACUUUUACAAUAAUUGUAGGAAUUUUAAAUGCUGUUUAUAUAUCACCAUUAGAAAAAAUUCAUUAUACAUGUCCAAUAUUUGAAGGAUUUGGUUUUCAAUAUAGUUAUGGUAUUAAAAUAUUUAUUAUUAUAUAUUUAUCAUUUUCACUUUUAUUAAAUACAAUUGCUUUAAAACAAAUAAUAUCAAAAGAUGGAACAAAAAGAUUUGGUGGUUUUCAUAGUAGACAUAAAUUUGAAUCAAGAAUGACUAAGAGAAGUUUUUAUAUUACAUUAUAUUUUACAACAUCAACUAUUAUUCCAUUAAUAUUAACUUUAAUAAUUGAUUCAAAACCAAAUACAUGGACACCAUUAAAAGAAGGUAUUUCAUCACUAAUAUUUUUAAGAACAAUAAUUAAUUGUAUCGCAAUCUGGAGAAUUUUUCCACGUUAUGUAAAUUUUAAAUUUUGCAACAAGACAAAAUCUCAAAAUGCUGUUCAAGAAGUACAACAUAAUGCAAAUUACACUCAUCAUAAUGCUUUUUCAGGGUAA